AUGUUUGCAGGUUUAUCGAUGAUUCCCCGUUUAUUUUCAGAACUUCCUCUCCAAGGAUCCUGUACAACUUUCGGAAUGCGAAUAUGCAAUUGGCCACCGCCAGUUACCCUCAACCAGGUAGACGUUGGUCUAUACUCUAUGGACUAUGGUCCAACGUCCAAGCUCCAAAUCUCCAAUAAGCUUUACCAUUUUAUGUCUCGUCAUCUCAAAUCUCAAUUCUCAACCGGUGACCGUUGUGGACAUUGUUAA